UCGGGGUGUAACGUUCAUUUCGGAGUUGUUGUUAGAACAGAUCUGAUCGUGAAGAUGAGUGGCAGAGGAAAAACCGGCGGAAAGGCUAGAGCUAAGGCCAAGACUCGUUCAUCCAGGGCUGGACUUCAGUUCCCCGUGGGACGUGUGCACAGGCUUCUGCGUAAAGGCAACUAUGCCGAGCGCGUCGGUGCCGGUGCUCCGGUCUACCUGGCCGCAGUGUUGGAGUAUCUGACCGCUGAGAUUCUGGAGUUGGCCGGUAACGCCGCCCGUGACAAUAAGAAGACUCGUAUCAUUCCCCGCCACUUGCAGCUCGCCGUGCGUAACGACGAGGAGCUGAACAAACUGCUCGGCGGAGUGACCAUCGCUCAGGGUGGUGUACUACCGAACAUUCAGGCUGUGCUUCUGCCUAAAAAGACCGAGAAGGCCGUUAAGACCAAGUAAACUCGUCCACUGUUGCUUUGUCAGUACCCAAAGGCUCUUUUAAGAGCCACCAUCUCUGCUUCAAAAGUGCAAUUUUACACCCGUUUUUCUACUGAAAGUGUGCACUAGAAAGUCAGCAUGUUUGAAAUGAGAACACA